AUGGAUGGGGAGAGCAAAAGCAUAUAUAUUGGUAACAUUCCAUUUGACUACACGGAAGAGCAAGUUCUUGAAAUAGCCAAAUCCGUAGGGCCAGUGAUGGAUUUGAAGUUAUUGUUCGACCCGAUGACAGGAAAGUCCAAAGGUUAUUCGUUUGUCAAAUACGGAGACCAUGAAACUGCAGAAUCAGCAGUGAGGAACUUGAAUAACAUGCCUAUUGGGAAUAGAAACUUGAAAUGCUCUUUUUCGAAUGAUAGUAAUGCAGGGUUUCCUAAUGAUGGGCCGUCUUCGAAUUCUAGUAGUGAAAAGUUACCACCUUUACCAUUAGGAGUACAAAUAUAUCCUAACCAGUCAGCACCUCAGGUGAUAUCGAAUAUCUUGGCUAAUUUGGAUUCAGAGUCGGCGCUGAAACUUAUCAAGGAGGCAAAAACGAUGAGUACUGAAAACCCCGGCUUGAUGAAAAUGUUACUAGAUAGAUACCCUCAGUUAUCUCAUGCAUUGGUGGAAACAACCUUACUUUUAAAUUUGGCGAAUCGUGAUACUAUAGAACUAACCUUGAACAAGCAACAACCUGUAUUGCAUAACUUGACUCCUGAUCAUGUAAAACUAUUGAAAGAAGUAAAUUCGUUGACGGAAAAAGAAAUCAGCAUUCUCGAUGAUGACAGACGAAAAAUAAUCAGUCAAGUUAAAGAGGAGAUCAAUAACGGUUCUUAUGGUAAAAUUAUUUAA